UCAUGAGGUCAGAGCCGUGCAGGAGCUCCGGGGCUGCAGCUGCAGUCUCUCCAAACAACCAGCAGCCACAGCAGCGACGGGGGAAAGAUGGCGACCCGAGUCCUUCAAAGUAUGGGCAACGGCCUGAAACACACCAAACAGGGGCUCCAGGCCAACGGCCAGGGCACGGUCAUCAUCAGGAGCCUCUCGGCCUCCCACAACAGGAACCGUGAGGACAGCUGGUUCAAAUCUCUGUUUGUUAGAAAGGUUGACCCCAGAAAAGACGCUCACUCUCAUCUCCUCGCCAAGAAGGAGGACAACAACCUGUACAAAAUACAGUUUCACAAUGUCAAGCCAGAGUGCCUUGAUGCCUACAACAAACUUUGUGAGGACGUUUUGCCUUCCAUUCAUGCCGACCCUGAGUACCCUUGUGAGCUGGUGGGCACCUGGAACACGUGGUAUGGAGAGCAGGAUCAGGCAGUUCACCUGUGGAGAUAUCGGGGAGGAUACCCGGCCCUCACCGAUGUCAUGAACAAACUCAGGCAGAAUAAGGAGUUUAUGGACUACAGAAAUGAGAGGGGGAAGAUGCUGCUGUCCCGCAGGAACCAGCUGCUGCUGGAGUUCAGCUUCUGGAACGAGCCGGUUCCCCGCUCAGGACCCAACAUCUACGAGCUCCGCUCAUACCAACUCAGGCCAGGAACGAUGAUCGAGUGGGGAAAUUACUGGGCUCGUGCCAUCGAGUUUCGCCAGCAGAACCACGAGGCAGUGGGAGGCUUUUUCUCACAGAUUGGAAGUCUCUACAUGGUUCACCACCUAUGGGCUUACAAAGACCUUCAGUCAAGAGAAGACACCAGAAACGCAGCCUGGCAGCAUGAAGGGUGGGACGAGGUGGUAUAUUACACAGUUCCUCUUAUUCAGCACAUGGAGUCGAGAAUAAUGAUUCCCAUGAAGAGCUCACCCUUGAAGUAACCCCUCACCCACCAACGCCAAGGGGACGUUCAACAAACUCAACAACCACAGCGACUACCACACUGAUCCAUAGAGUGUAACCAACUAUCGGGAGUGUGCACUGCCAGGGAUUUCAGAGCAACAUCAACAUGUAAUUUCAGUUUCUUUGUUUUCUUCUUUCUUGAUUUCUUUAUUCCCCUUUUCUGUGUGGGCCUAGAUUGUCUUACUGCAGGUGAUAUUGUCAAAAUUACUAUCACAGAAUUACUAUCACAGACUAUCUGUUACAGCAGUCAAAUUGUUACUGAUCCAUAAAUGUGCUGUGUAGAUGAAACAUUUGAUGCUCUCCUCCUCUUCACUGUCUCCAUCAAGGGUCAGAUUAUAAGAGACUUGUCUGAUGUUUUUUUUUUUCCCCCUGAAGAUCUAAAAACCACUUAGACUGCUGUUUUUGGUUAUUGAGAUACCGGGCAGGGUGUGACUAGGAUGUUUUAGUAAUUUUAGUGCAAGUUAAAGGGGCUAGAAACCAGAUUUUCCAAAAUCUCUUGGAAAAAUUUGAUUGUCUUUUAUAAAACUAUCUUAUGAAGCAAAGCUGAAAUGUGCUGCAUGUGACUUUUCUUACACAUCAAUUUUAGCCCUGAUAGUUGCACUAACAAUUAUGACAAAUGCUUUCAAAUCCCGCCUCCAGUAUUUCACAAUUAAAACAGCCCAAGGCUGUUUUGGAUCAACAAAACUCUCAGUUCCUUAGUUCUUUUUUUUUUUUUCUUUUUUUUUUUUUCUAUAAAUUGGAUGAGUUUCUUAAGAGUGUUAAUUGUCAGCUGCAGGGUGAUGGUCAGUUUUUGAAAGACUAGUAUGUUUACAGAUGAAAGAUUUAGUGCUCUAUAAUGCAGCUGAGUUGAUUCUGCUGAGUUGAUCUUGAUCCAGUCCACUGAUUCUUAUUCGUAAUUGUGGUUCAGAAUCAGUUUAUGGAUAAAAGGAGUUAUAACUACAUUGUUACCAGGACAAACAGAAGUUGAGGUUCACAAGCACACGUGCAGGUGCAGUCCUGUCGUGGAUGUUCCCGUGGGAAGAGGGGAACUUCUCUGGAUCUCCAGUAGGAGUCCUGUUGCAGCCUUUGUGUCUUCUGUGAAACUGACCACAUCUCCAGGUUGUUUGCUAAUUUUGAGAUCGUGACACUUCUGACUCCUGCAACAAUGGAGAGGAGGCUAAGAGGAUUGUUGAUAAAUGUUACAAAAAAAAAAUGUUUUUGACAUAAGGAAAACCAAUCAGGACCUACAAACUGCUGUACAUUGACCAGUAGGCUUAUCCCUAUAUCAUCAGUCAUUAAAUGUAAUGCCAACCGGGUGGCUGUGUGCUAUAACUGAGAUGAAUGUGUUUUUUUUUUUUUUUUUUUUUUUUUUAAUGGUCGAUUGUAGAUAAAACAUAGUGGGCUUAUUGGCCAAGACAGAGAUACGGUUAAUCAUUUAUUUGUAAAUGAGGUGGGGAAUUCUAAAUCUAUCAUGUGUUGAUAAACAGGUGGACAGGAGAAGAAUAUCUCUAUGGUAAAUGUGAAAUGCAGUGCUUUAAUAAGAUUAGUUGUACAUAUUGAAGUAAACUUCGGAUGAAAAUGGAAAAA